ACAUUGGUGGGAACAUUGUGUGUGCAAGAAUGGAAGAAGAGAAGAAAGAAAGAGGGAGCUGAAGUCCAGAAACACAGCCAGCAUUCUAAACAAGUGCAGGGAGGCAAGAUCAAGAUACACAACUGCUGACCUGAUGUGUGCCAUCAUGUUUAUAGAUGUUUGACUAUAAACUGACACUAGACAUUUAUAAGAUGUCUGGAAAUUAUGGCAGGGGGUCGUUAAAGGCCGAACAGGUGUCUGUUAACACUGCUGGUUCCCUCACUGCUCUCUCCUGUGUACAACAUUGAUGCUUUGCAAUUCCAAAUCUGCCAAGCACCGAAACAGCAUGGGAUCAGAUUUCAUAAAACAAGGAAGUAUAGCUCUGUAAAAAAUACCCUGUGGUGAUAUAACUUUGAUAAUGUAGAAUGUGGUAGAAUGUUUAACCACAACAUGGGGAGGGUUUUCUUUUUCCUCUGUCAUCAGAGUGUAGGUUAAAUCUUACCAAACACUCUUCUAUCUCUUCCCCAGUGUGGAUGUUCACAACAGUAAUGACCAGCUGCGUCCGGUAAAGCAGCAUUUUCUGCAUUUUUCUGGAAAGCAGGAAAUCUUUUUCAGGAAUUUUAAUGUCACAAAGCUCACUCUCUAGUUAAUUCUGAUGUUUCUCAGCCAUCCACAAUACAAAAUACAACAGCAUCACAUUGUUCUACAGAACUCGAAAUGGCAUUAAGUGAAGAAAAGGAGGAGUUAUGUGCUGGUUACCUGUAUAAGUCCCCUAAAGCAUCCCAGUUUAAAAUACAGAAAUCAUGGAAGCGGAGGUAUUUUGUUCUUGUGAAGAAAAAUAAAACUACAUGCCAUCUUGAUUAUUUUAAAAGUGAAGAAAUGAAGAACAGUGAAUCACUUGGAGCCAUUGAUCUGUCUCAGGUCUCGUGGAUGUUUCUGAAUCCUGAGAACCAUUCUAUGUGGAAUUGGGUCCAUGAGAGUUUCAGAUGCUCUCCCUCUUGUGUUCUUUUUAUGAAAGUGGCAGACAGAGACUAUUUUCUCAUUGGAGAAACCAGUUCAGAGAUUGAAAGGUGGUUCAGUGCCUUAUAUGAGGCUAUGCAUAAUCGUCCUCACAAGCAGCUUGAGCUUACGGAAGCCAGGGGAAUCAGAGACAUAAGUGCACCUCCGUAUUCAGUAAUUACAGACCAGAGGGUUGAGUGGAAAUUAGAUGCAAGUUCAGACUCACAACCAAAGACGAACAACAUGAAAGAGAAAUAAACUGAAGAAAGGUUUCCCAAGAAGAGGCCCAGUGGACAAUAUUCCCACUGGAUGGCUCAAAUGGUUAAGCUAGGAUAUGCAAGGAAAAAGAAUUUUGCUGUAAUGUAUGUGUGCCAAUAAUAAAGACUUCUUCUUCUAGAUGGUUACAGCAGAAUUAAUGAUGAUAAUAAAUUCUCAAUCAAAUAUGUAAGUGAAAAAUUGUUAGUCUUCUUCCAAUGUUAGACUACGAAAUAUCCUCAUGUACUUACAGUAAGUGUCUUUCUAUAGAGGGCCCAGGAUCGUGUGUAUGAUGAAAAUAAUUAAAGCAUGAAUAAAAAAAGAGGGCCAAGGUAUAAUCAUGUGUAUGAUGAAAAUAAUUAAAGCAUGAAUAAAAACUGAAAUGAAAUGUAUUAGGAUAAGAUUGAUAUUGUCAGGUUUAUAUUAUAAUUCAUUUAAUAAAAUAUAACUUGUCUCAUA